AUGAGUGAGCAGAAGAAAUUGUCUAACAAGGAGCUCAAGGAGCUCAAAAAAAAGGAAAAGGCCGCAAGAAGAGCUGCUCAAAAGGAAGUAGAUGGUAAGCCACCUGGAGAAAACCCUAACGCUCCAGCCCCAAGUGGUGGUGACAAACCUCAACAACAGCAACAACAACAAAAACAGAAGUCAAAGAAACAGGUAUCAGCCCCUAGUACCACCCAAAUCAAAAAGUCUAUCAAUAAGCCAGUGAAAGCGAGCACCGUGGAAUCCAAGGUUCCUUCUGCCUUUUCCCAUUUGAGCACUCGAGAACAACGAACUGCAAAAUUGCCAUUGAAUUUGCUCAAUAUAAUACACCCAAAGAUCUUAGAAUUGUCUGGUCUUUGCGCCAACUAUUCUAUCGUUGGCUCCAUAGCUCGUUGUAAAGCCAUGUUAGAAGUUUUCAAAAUCGUGAUUAUGGACUACCAAACUCCGGAAAACUCGAUGUUCUCCAGAAGUUUAACCGCUUAUUUGUCACAUCAGAUUGAUUAUUUGAAAAAUUCUAGACCAUUGAGCGUGACAAUGGGGAAUGCCAUUAGAUGGAUGAAACAAGAAAUAUCCGUGUUACCUAUAGAUAUGGCGGAAUUGGAUGCCAAAAAGGAAAUGGCUGAAAAAAUUGACAUUUACAUCAAGGAAAAAAUCGAAUAUACUGACAAAAUGAUUAUCAAAUUCGCGUCAACUCACAUCACUGAAAAUUCCACCAUCUUGACAUUUGGGCACUCGAAGGUCUUGGAGGAAUUAUUUUUACAUUGUUACAAUGAACAAAAUAAGAAAAACAUCACGAUUAUUAUCAUUGAUUCGCGACCAUUGUUUGAAGGGAAGACCUUAUUGAAGAACUUAAUCGCCAAAGGGCUCAAGAAUUGUAAAUACUACGUCAUUACCGCGUUAUCCAAUGUGUUGGAAGAGAUCAAAAUUGAUUAUGUAUUUUUGGGUGCCCAUUCUAUGUUGUCAAAUGGUAGACUUUAUUCUCGUGUGGGUACUGCCUUGAUUUCUAUGAUGUCUUAUAAAAGAGAUAUUCCAAUUUUGGUCUGUUGUGAAUCCAUCAAAUUCUCAGAAAGAAUCCAGCUAGACAGUGUCACUCAGAACGAACUUGGCGAUUAUAAUAACCUUAUGGACUUCUUUACAGAUUCUCCAAAGAAGAAGAAUUUUGCCCUUGAAAGUUUCAUAAAGCAAAAGCAAUUAGAAAGUAAACCUUCAAAGCAGCAGCAAACCCAAAAGCAAAAGAAUACCCAGUCGCAGAAGGACCAGAACUUCAAGUUGGAAAUCCCAGGCGGGGACAGUGAUGAAUCGCCUUUGAAGAAGGAUAUUUCCAACAUUAGUAACUUGAAGAUUCUUAAUAUCAUGUAUGAUUUGACCCCUGCUCACUACAUCAAUAAGAUUAUUACUGAAUUGGGUGCUUUGCCACCAUCUUCUGUUCCUGUGAUUAUUCGUGAAUACAAAACUAAUUGA